CGCCUGAGUGAAACCACAAGCGGACUGCAGACACACGCCCUCUUGACGGCAGUGGGCGGGCUGGAGUCGAGGUUUUAAUAAACGCUCAACGUGUCGCUCUCCUCAAUGCGCUCAAACCUGUCGUCUUUGUUUCUCCGGAUUUUUUCAAUUUUAAUUUUAUUUUUACAACUCAUCAGUCUUGGUCAUACUUUUAAAAUGUCAGACGGGUAGAGCUUUUGAAAUAUGAUAGCUGUCAUCUAACCAUUGGUCAUGGAUGUCCGCAUGAAGUCCAGUACCAGACUACAGUUUGGGACAAAUGAGGCAACAGGUCACAACCCCGGAAAUGAUGAGCUGAAGUUCUUGAGCCAAGAAGAACAGGAAAUCCUCUACUUCUUUGAGAAGACCAUCGAUUCUCUGGAGCAGAGUCUGGAGGAAGAUGAGCUGAGGCCCCAAAUUCAAGCCUUCAACAAUUCAGCAGUAGAUGGUGCUUCCAACCCUAUGUCUCAUCGUCAAGCCAACCCAAAAGAGCAGGAUAUUAUAGACUUGGUUCGUCCAAAACCAGACCUAGUACAGACCAAAGACACAGCCUUCACCCCGAAUAGUCCAGAUUUCCAAAGUCUGAUUCCACCCCCUGAGAGCCACUUUGAGGUGAAACCUCGCAGCGACCCAGAUCCUUUGUCCUUGACAGACUAUAACCCUUCACUUCCAGACAGUCACCCAGUGUACCACCCCCCUGGCAGCAUCCCAACUCCUGCUCUGAUUGCUCAAAAGAUUGCAGAAACCCAUCCUGGAGGCAGCACGGUGCUGAGUGCGUCAUCUCUCCUUAGACAGCGAAGCUCUGAGUUUGAAAAGUCAGUCAGCUCCAAUAAACAAGGCCCUCCCACCUCCACCAAGCCUGUACGCUAUCCUGCUAACAUCAGUGUUGUUCUUGGGAACAGAGAACAGCAGAACCCUUCACUGGCCAACAUUAACAUUGAGGAGAGAAGGGCACAAAUGCUAGCAAACCUCUCUGGGACUUCACACCCUUUACUCCAAGAAGAUUCAGAACAAGAUCAGGCCACAAGAAACACCCCAACUCGUAGUGUGUCAUUCAGAGAUCCUACUCCUGAAAAAUCUCGCAUGGAGGCAUUGUCAAAAUUAGGACUGACACGGAACCGGGCCUCGUCAGGUGGCGUAUCAUCACUUCCUAGCACCUCUCUAGAGCCUCUUGCUGGUGGAGGAGCAAGCACUACAAAUAUGGAGAGAAUCAGCACACUUCAAGAGCCUGGUAAAGCACCACAUGUUCUUGCCAGUAGCAAACCUUCCGAGAUUAGCACUGCUCCAAAUGUAGUACCACUACCUACAGUCCAGGUACAAAAUACACCACCAAGCAGUAGACCACAGGGCCGUAUUAGACCCGCAGUGGAAUCCACAAACAUCAAGCUCCCAGAAACCAGUCCUAGAUCACCACUUUUGAGCUACAGAAAACCAGAUGCCCCUUCACCAGAUUCCCACAAACGUCUUGAAACCAAAUACACCCCCCAACCAGCCUACACUCAAAACGACUACUUUCCUUCUCCUCCUCCACCGGUGGAAACUUCAGCUGAAUUUAACAACUAUGGAGGAAAAUCUAUUGUGGUGAAUUCUUCUGCAUCCUUUAAGAGUGAACUGCCACCCUCUCCUGUAAGUCCUGAACCUAGAAUUCUAUCACCUGUUCUGGCAACCCCACCUGAGUUCAACUCUUAUGGAGGAAAAUCAAAAGUUAUGACUCCCAUUCCUGCUUCAAGAAGGGAUCUCCCUGAUAUUCUUAGCUCACACAUAGACAAGAGUCAAACACAACACUCUGAAAAUGCUCCCACAGAAGCAAACAGCUACGGAGGAAAAACACGAAUCAUCAACGCCUCAGUCAGUGCUAGUCGGCCAUCGGAAGGUUCCUCCAGGACUGUCAAACCACCAGCUCCGGCUCCAGCACCCAGACCUCCGCGGCACUCCUACCAUGGGCAGACCGCAGCGCCCAAGUCCCCACAGCGGGCUCUGUCCCCUGAUCACAAGCGACGUACUGGCUCAAUGUUCAGACCACAGGGAAUCACAGUGCAGUUUUCAGGUAAGGGGACGUCAGAGGAAUCAAGGAAAGAAGCAUUGAGGAAACUUGGGCUUUUAAAAGAAUGAUUAAUUUGUUUAUUGUCUACACCUGCCAAACCAGACUCUCUGGUGCAAAGCAAAAAUGUGUGAGGUGUGUCAGGAAAGAGACCUUCUUUACAGAGGAAUGGAGAAUAAUCAGAUGGACUUGCACAGCUUGUUCUGACACACUGAUACCAAGUUAGAACUGCACACUUAACACAUUGUCAUCCUACAGCAGACAGUGUAUUUGUACAUAUCAAAAAUGCUGCUGUUGCCCCAAGUCUCAUCAUGCAUGUGUAUUUUUAAAAUAAUAUUUAUGUUAAUGGAUUUUUGGUAGAGUAUUCAAAAUGUUUAAUCAAGAUACUUAAAGUGAACAAUAUGAACAAAUAUAAGAGAAAGGUGGCUAUAAAAAUAUCUCCAUAUAUGUGCCAAGACACUCUUUACCAUUUUGGGUAUUGGUGAAAAGGGUAUUUUGUCUCACUGUGACAAAAUGAUAUUAAGUGCACUUUCUACAAGGAGCCAAAGCUUUGUAAUUUAAUUUUUUAACAGUAUAAAAUGUAAUUCUGUAAAAUGUACAUUGUGUAAGGCAUAUUUUUGUUGGAUUUGUAGAUAUGAAUUGAAGUUGAAGCAGGAUAUUUUUACACAUGGACAAACCACAGACUGUGGAAUGGCUAGUUUUUUGGGUUUUUUUUACUAUGCAGAGGGAAUACUUUAAAGCUGCUCGUUUGGGAUGGGCAUUGUACAAAACAGAAGCACUAAAACCACAGUAUCUAGAAAUACUUUGGUGCAUUUCUGCUGCAAUACUUGUAUUCUAGUUGUUCUAGUGGUUUUGUCAUUGAAUUUUUAGUUGAAUCUAUGUUUUAAUGAGUGAAUGUUUACUGUGUAUCAUGACUCCGGCUUCUGUAGUUACCUACAGUUAUUUUGAAGUAAAUUUCGCACAGAUUUGGGGCAGUGCUUUUGUGCUCAGCUGUGUGAAUAGCUUAAACAGUUUUGUUUACAGACUCUGGUUUUCUGUAGUUUAUCUACAGGCAUUUUGAAGUAUCCAGGUGAGCCUACAUACCAAUACUUACAUAUACUAAAUCUUAAUCAAAGUCGUGUGUGACGUCACAAGUGCUGGGACUGGGACAAAGGGAGAUUGCUGUAGUUUAUUUUCUAUUAGUUUGUACUAUAUUAAUUACCUAUAAUAUUUACUAUACAAAUCCACUUGAUGUAAUAUGUAUUGAUGAUUUUUGUUAAAUAUUAAAUCGAACAAUACCA